AUGGCACUCAUACCAAAUUCUAUCGUAGGCACCUCUGCCGCAUACAUUUACCCUCCCUCGCACUUUGCACUCUCCCCUAUCAUUGAAACCACAAACACAGCCACUGGCCCAACUGACACCUCCGACGACGCAACUGGCAAAGCAACUGGCGGACCUCAACUACAAGCAUUGUCGGGCCGAGACUUCAACCAGCAGUCGCCCCAGCAGCAGCCUCACCCACCUAGCGAGCCUCCAACUGAAGAACAACUUGAAGAUUUCCACGAGCACCCAUCGACUACCAACACGGCAGGACCCACAGUUGCUCAAGCUAGUACUUCCCGAGCCGCUAGAGACUCCUGGACUGCCUUUGGCCGGUCUAUCACAGGUCCCAUCAUAAGGAGACACCCUGAUCGACCUCGCCGCAGGUAUAGGGACGCAUACGGCGAUUUCAGGUUUUCUUAUGGGGGUCGGAGAAGGCCAGAAUCAAGUACGUAUGGAACACCUAGGUAA